AUGCCCGAAUGGAUCUUGUUAAAAGACUGGCUGCUUUCCAGCCAGGCGCCCGCUGAAGACUUGGUUGGCGAGAGGGGCUACAGGGCGCAGCGCAGAUGGUGGAAGCUCAAUGGGAAGCACUUCCGGCUCGCCGACCUUCCAACCGAAAUGCGCAUGAAGGUUUUCGAAUUUGCUCUCGGUCCUAGAAUCUACCCUUUGACUAUAUUCAAGGACGCUGAGGUUCGUCUCGGCCUGGGCUUCCGCAAUUGGCAUGAUAGCAGUCAAAUCGAUCAGCGCCAUCCCUCACGGCUGUAUGGACGUGAGCACACAGUUGCAGGGUGCUCCGCUUACGAGCCCAAUCUUGCGCUCUUGUCUAUAAACAGACAGACCUAUGGUGAGGCACUUCAGGCUGGCUGGGAGAACACCCGGAAGUGCUUCUUCUCACCAAUUCAGCUCAGAUCAGUUCUUGAGGCGGGUACAAAACCGAACUAUAACUGGCUCAAUCACCUCAUUCUCGACUUCACGAUGUCCGAUUGGUUCAGUUUCUUCGGCGUCGGAUUUCGUGACAACAUCAAGAUGAAUAACGGUGUGUCUCUUGGACCUAUACUCUCUACAUUGGAUGGACUGUCAACUCUGCAGCUUUGGUUUCGAAGCCCAGAUGACGGAGCCGCUUACUAUCCUUAUGGGAUGCGUCAUGUCGACAUGUCAAUAAUGGUCAGCUUUGUCUGUUGUCAACGAACAGUGGUCGACUGGAUCAUGACAUUCGCCUGGCCUUUUGUAAAGGAUCUGCCAAAGGUGAGACUGGGUGGGAUUCUGAAAAAGGACACAAAGGACAAAUGGAACAAACUCCUCGCGCUGCCUGCAAAAGACAAGGAUGGCGUAAUGGACCACGCUGCUGAGCAGGCGGCCAUUCUGGAUACCCCAUCAGCAGAUAUGUAA